GUCCUGCUUGCAAGAAAACCCCGUAGUGCGCAGCGGAAGCCCUCUUCUCAUGAUCCGCCAUUAGCUGUAGGUUAGUGGUGGACGAAAUUUAAAGAUGCAGAUCUUUGUGAAAACCUUGACUGGGAAGACUAUAACCCUAGAGGUUGAGCCUUCUGAUACUAUUGAAAAUGUCAAGGCAAAAAUUCAAGACAAGGAAGGCAUUCCUCCAGAUCAGCAGCGAUUGAUCUUUGCUGGUAAGCAGCUGGAAGAUGGACGCACUCUGUCUGACUACAACAUUCAAAAGGAAUCAACACUUCAUCUUGUGUUGAGGCUUCGUGGUGGUGCCAAAAAGAGAAAGAAGAAGUCUUACACCACACCCAAGAAGAACAAGCACAAGAGAAAGAAGGUGAAGCUUGCUGUGCUCAAGUACUACAAGGUUGAUGAAAAUGGAAAGAUCCAUCGCUUGCGACGCGAGUGCCCGGCAGAUGAGUGUGGUGCUGGUGUCUUCAUGGCCAGUCAUUUUGAUAGACAUUACUGUGGCAAGUGUUGUCUAACUUACUGUUUUAACAAGCCUGAAGACAAGUAAAAUGAACACCAAACUAUUAAACAAAAGUUUAUAAAAGUAA